AUGGGAACAUGUCAAUAUAAUAAUUGCAAGUCCUACAUAGACAUCAGCACUCUCAACACCACAGUCAACAUAAUCGAUCAAUUAAAUAACGACUUCAUGGUUGUGCAUGAAGAUUAUGAACAUCCCCUCUAUGGAUAAAUCAAUAUACUAGAAUAUAAGGAGCCCAAAUAAUAUGAUUUUAAAUUAGUACAUAAACUUAUAACCUUUGCAGAAUAAGAGGACUUCCAACAGGCACUCUAGUAUUACGAAGCCAAAUUUUACGGGUUCAAUCAUCCGAACCUCCUCAUCAUCCACGGUAUCAACAUUUGCCAUUAAUUUAAGCAAUGCAGUACAAGCAAAUCGAUUAGUUUUUCACCACUGAAUACAAAUUAUCACUCUUCCUAGACUAUUAUGAAACUACCCUAGCUCAAGAAUUGAUCUACAGAAAAAAAAUCUACUUUGAAGAAACAGAAAUCUUGUUUUUUCUAGACUCUCUCAUAGGAUCGCAAGCGUUUCUCCAAUCUAAAGGCUAUGCAUUGCCCUCUCUGAAAUUUGACAAAGUCUAUCUCUCCAACCUCCUAAAUGGAGCCAUCGGACUCAAAGUUUAAAGUCCCCUCUUCCACAACUAAGAAGAGGCUCAAUUCACUCAAUUAUUCCACAAAAUCGUAAAUGGAGAAGAAGUGCGCUUGCAUGAAUACCCUUACAUAACACCUGAACAAUGGUUGAUGAUCCAAAAUAAGCAACUAGAACCCUACAAUGAAUUCAAAAGCAAUGUCUUUAUCUUGGGUUUAGUAACACUACUAAUUUUAUAUCUUAGAUGACACUGGAACUCUGCUCAGCCAAACAAAGCAUCUCACUCUAUUAAGAUUACAUGAUAGAUCCAAACACCUUGACAGAACAGAUCAAUAAAGUAAGUGAUAGAUAUGGGGAAGCCCUGCCCCUGAUCUUGGAAGCUAUGCUCCAUUAUGAUCCAAAAGAACGUCGAGACUUUCUGUAAUUGAAUGAACUACUAGAUGCAUCCUAACUCAAAGGGAAGAGGUUGGCCUAAAUUUGGACUUCUGAUGACUACCAAUAUAGUUUAACUGAGAAAAAGGUACAUCUAAUCAUAUUAUGGGAUAAAGGUGCACUUUUCAACCAAACAACAUUCGUUGAUACAUCCAGAAGUCUAAUCCUAGUUGUCCAAUUAGUCUCUCUUGCAAAAAGGAUCGCAUCUAUCCAUUCGCCAAGUCAUAUCCAAAAACUCAAAGGAGUCAAAGGCAUCUAGUGUAUUUAUGAUCAGUUUUAUUAUGUUUUAGUCCUUCAUACAGAAAAAGGAAUCCUACUCACCUCAAAUUUAAAAGAAGAAUUUGUUCAAGAAGUUCGAGACCGAAUAGGCCUCGAAAGGAGGAAGCAAAAAGUUAAUCACGCAAGAUGGUUUUGGAGUGGAAACAACUCCUAAUGGACUUACGUAUGAGGGUUUUUUUAGUGGGGGCAAGAAACAGGGCAUGGGUAAAUUAAUUAGUGACGAUAAUGAGAUAAUCUAUGAAGGAUAUUUCCAUGAGAAUUAGUAAAUUUAAUAUAAAUUAUCAGAAAAGAUUUCAUCGCACUGGAAUUUUAAAAAACUAAAAUGCUUAAAGUUUUUAGGAUGCUUUUAAUUAUAAGGACUUCAAUCAAUUGGGCGAGAAAUGGGCACGUUAUGAUGGUGAUUUUAAUUUUGGUCAAUAAGACGGGUAUGGAUAAUUAGUUUUAACAAAUGCAGAGAGAUACACAGGUUUGUUUAAGAGUGGGAAAGUGCAUGGGGCAGGAGUGUUUUAAACCUUGGAUGGUAAACAAAUCAAGGGAGUAUGGGUUAAUAACGUUUUAUAGGAAUCAUGA